GUUUAUAUAAAUAAAUACAAAUAAAGUAUAAAUGUUUGUGAAGAAGGUGAGGGUACGAGAAUUUGCGUCAGUGUACGAGAACUGUACGAGGGUACAGUGUACGAGGGUACGAGAACUUGCGUACGAGUGUGGCACCGCGCCUCACGUGCGUCUGGCAGCCCCGUGCAGGACACGCCUCGACCAACUUCCUCAAGAAACAAACAACAAGACAUUUGAAUUCUAUAAUAAUUCCUCCAAGAUGACCCAGAAGGCCCCGCUCCUGGCGCUGCUGCUGGUGCUCUCCAGUGUGUGGGAAAGUAAUGCAAUUAAAUGCUUCCAGUGCUCUACCGAUGAAGACCCUGAUGGUAAAGAUCUCUGUGGUGCCUAUGAAAAAUUUGACGAGACGGCACACAUUCCUGUGGACUGCUUCCAAGAAGAAUCUGUGACCCCAGGAACCUUUUGUGUCAAGAUUACCAAGCAGUCUCCCCGCAUGUUUAUCUGGGAUGGUCGUUGGCGUACUGUAAUCCGCCGGUGUUCAUCAGUAACUGAAACAGGUGUGACGAACAUUUGCAAUUGGGGCGUAGAUCCCAUUGGUGUAUAUUGGGAGGAGUGUUACUGUACUUCUGAUGGGUGUAAUGGAACAUCCACUAUCAGUGCCAGUUUUCUUGUGGUUUUUGCUGCUGCAUUUGCUCUGAUAUUGCUCAGGAAACAAUAAUAUGUAUUUUGCAGAAGUCAAAUAUAUUUUUUAAGACUAAAAGAAAAUAUCAACCGUAAGUAAAGUACAUUCGGCAAUAAUUUUAUUUGUAUACGUGAUGAAAUACAGUAUGAACUCGCUCCAACGAACCAUGUAGGAUGAGGCCAGCAGGUUACAUUGGAGAUUUGGUUCGAUCCGUAAGACUGGCAACCCUCCAGGCUUAUUGUUGUUAUUAAUAAAAUUUUUACUUUAAUACCAGGAGAGUAGUGUAGUGAAAUAUCUUCAUAAUAACCCCUGAUGCACAUUUAGUUGAGUACAAACCCAUCAUAACCAACCUUCGUCCAAUGCUAAAUUAAAAUAUAUGUCAAAAUUUAUUGCACACUCUGUUUUGCUUGUCGAAUACAGUAGAACAAGCUUUAGAGAAUAAUUCCAUAUAAAAAUGAUGAACAUAUCAUUAUUCACAGUGCUUACAUUUCAGAAUGAUACGGAUCUGCACACAGUCAGUGAAUCUCGAUAUAAAAAUUUAAGCAAUAUGAAAUUUAUAACAUGCUCAUCAUUUUGACUGUUGCAAUCUAUAGAAAAUUGCCGGCAUACAACAUUGUGACAAAAUUAUGUAUAUAUAAUGUAUACGGGCCAAAUUGGUUAGAUGGUCAGCACAUUUGAUGGUGCUACGUAGCACCAUCAAGUGUUUUGACAAACUUGUGCAUAAGGUUUGAGUUGUUGUGAUAAUAAUAGUUGUAUAUUUGUCAUAUUUACCAUUGUCACCGUACCAUGCAGUGCAAUAUUCUAAUAGAUUGAAUUUUUUCUAUUUUCUGUAUAUUUUGUUAUAUAAGUACUUUGGUAAUAUAGUUUAUAAAAUGUCAUAUUUGUUUGUUUAAAUCAAUCAAAUACUUUAUUCAUAAAUGCUAGUGCAUUUAUAAUUGGGAAAGAUUACAUUGAAAGUAUAGUACAUUAAUUACAUGAGAGUAACAAUACCAGAAUAAUAAGUAGACUUUGUCAUUACUAGGAUCACGAACUUAAUUGAUAAGAACUUAUUUAUAUUUCAAUGCUGGCUAGAUUAAACAGGUGAAUAGCAAUAUAAAUAAAAAUUCCAGUAGUUUAUACUUGGAUUAGGUCGGCUGUUAACUUUGCUGUGCCUAGACCGACUGGCCCAACAUUAACAAUCCUCACAAGAACAAGCAUUUGUUUGAUCCACUGAACAGUGUGCACAGAACACUAAUUGAUCAACCCAUUCUGGGUUUUGAUGAAGUGAGGUUCGUUGGAGCGAGGACCUACUGUAAUGUACCGCACUUAGUUUUUUGAGGUACAGUAAUUGGUAUGACUGUAUUUGUCUUGUCGUUACAUUCUUCCAGUUGUCAGUGAUAACGACUCCAGAAUGUAGUGUUUAUAUAACUGUGUUGCAUUUUUGUUAAGUUGUAUUAUUUGACUACCAAAAGCUAAAUGUUCUGUAUUGAGAAGUUUGCUAUAGGAUAUGCUCAAUAUAUUGAUAAGUCAGUACUGUAUAUUGAGUUUUGAGUAAGCUUUACCAUAUGUGAUUUUGUUGUAUUUCUGUAUGUAGUAAAAAUUAGAUGUUAGUCAAGUGUAAUGUUUGUAGUUUUUAGAUGACUAAAUUGGCACCAUUUUAUGUAUAUUUGCACUAGUUAAUAUUAAUUGUAAAACUUAUAUUUUUAUAAGCGGCAAUAUUAAAGGUUGUGGAGUAUUUUGUAAGACUUGGGGUUUUGAAACCAUUGCUUAAAAGUCCAGUAUUAUAUCUUGGAAGAUUAUUUAAGCAUCAUUAUGAAUACCUUGAUACUUUGAUGACCAAAAUCAUACAUCAGAAAAUCAAGAAACGACGACAUUUCACUCUGUUCUGCACCAUUAACAAGUCGGGUCCAGGACGAACUGAAACGUUGUUUCAUCAUUUUCUGGUGUGUGGUUUUGUCAUCACAUCUUCAGCCACGUUAUCGUGAAUCAUCGUUUACCUUUUCACUAUGUUUUACUGAGUGCGAAGUUAUAUAAUAUUAAAUGCCUUGGUAAAAUCAAUAUUUCUUGCAAGUGUGCACAAUGUUCUCAAAGGUAUUAAAAGAUAACAAACAUAAUUGCCCAACAGAAUUUACGCAACAAAUUGAUGAAUAAUUAUAAUAAGUAUUGAUUUUGACAUAAUUCUAAUUACACAUAUAAAUAGCAUUAAGGCAGGAUAUGUACUGGUGUAUUAACAUUAAACAUGAUUAUUGGUUUAGCAUAUUGGGAACCUGUAGCUUCUUGAGGUUCCACUAGCCAGUGGAAUGUGCGUGUUCACAUGCUCACCCAACUGCACUAUAUUAUCUAAGUGGGGUUUAAUUAACAAGGGCAAAAUAAAGUUGAAGAGUCAGAUUAGAUGUCUUACUGCUGACAAUUCUUGAUAUGAAUCCUAAUAACCCAUUUGCCUUAUUUUUAACAUUAAUGCAUUUUUUUUCUGGUUCGAGAUUCCCGCUAAUCUUGACUCCCAGAUACUUUGUGCUUUCAAAUUUGGCAACUUUAGUAUUGUUUAGUUGAUAUUUAGUAUUAUUAUUAUUACUUAGGCUCUAAACCUUACAUUUGUCAGCAUUAAACUGCAUCUGCUACUCUUUUGUUGUUGUUUUGUUAAACAAGAUUGUUAGUCUAUUAUUUUUUCCAGUCAUGAUGGGUUUAUUGCUGUUGAAAUAUGUAACUUGUAUUUCUUGAACUUGCAUACUUACACUAUUAAGACUUAGGGUUUUGUAACAUUUGUUGUGGCCAACAAUAUAAAAAUAUAAUUGUUAUAUAGUCGACUUAACAAACCAGCAACAUGGGAAUGUGAUCGUUAUACAGUCAGCUCUCACUAUUUGCUAAUUUGGUACUGUACUUGCAAAAUUUGUUCUCCAUAUAAUAUUUAAUACAAUGUAUAUAAAGCACCUGUGUAAGGUUUGCUACCUAUGAGUAUGGUUGUUGCAGGUUUUAUACACUUUCACAUGUGUCAUUCUUGCAUGAUGGCACCAAACGGAUGGUCUGCAAGGCCUGCGGCACUCUCAGGUGCUCCUGUCAACAUGUAAAGGUAAUGUCUAUGCUAAUGUAUGCGUAUAACUCUAUGCGAUAUAUAUAUUUGUGACAUCAUUAUUGCUACAUCAUUAGAGAAUAUGCAAACAGUAGUAAUCUCAAUUUACAAAAAUGAUACAUUGGGCUAAGUUCCAAUUUAUAUAUGUUGAGUGUUCAGAUGGAAAAGAUGGACCAUCUGAUGAUGGAUUUUCAUCAGAUGGAUUCCAUCUGAUGAAAAACAUCAGAUGGAAUUAAUGUUUUGCAAAGCCCCUUCUACAAAGCACAAUAUGGGGGGUGGUAAAUGGCAGGAAAGUUUGGUAAUGUUUGAACAUUACCAAACUUUCCUGCCAUUUCCUUUCCUGGUGGUGGAAAAUGUAGAAUUAGGAGAGAGAUCUCUGGAACUUAUCCCUGUUUACCUCAUAUUACCUUAUAUUGUUUGUGUGCAAAUUAACAUGUGUUGAGGUUUUCUGCUAGAAUGCAUGACUUACAAAUAGUGAGGGCCAGCUGGUUAUAAUUUUGGUUUCAUAGUCCAGUCUAUUGUGGUUAUCUGUACCCAUGUGUAAGCCUGGAGAAAGAAUUGAAAGUAGCAAUUUUGGUUCCAGAUUAUAUUUGCUCCUUUUAAUGGUCUAGCAAUUAUAUUUCAAGCACUUCUUUUAGUGUGGAGUAUCUUUAAAUAUGAAAUUUCUUGUAUGGCAUAGUUUUAGGUUUUGUAAAUAUUAAUGCAGAUUAAUAUUCAGGAAUAUGAGAGGCCGAGUCUUGUAGAAGACAUGCUGUGGUUUCUGUAAUGGUAAUCGUAUCACAGUGGUGUACAGUAGUUCUCUGGAUGAACAUGGUCAUUUUUAAUGACUAAGUUAGAUAUUUCCACCAUGGUUUUUUUAUCUCGAAAAGAAUAAAGAUUACAAACAAGUUCCACAACCAGAUCAGAAAAUAUGAUUUGUUCAUUAAAGUCAAUUUUUAUUCUAUUUGCAAACUGCACUGCACAUGGUUUGUUUCUUUGAAAUUUCUGUUGUUUUUUUUGUCAUUUCCUCCAGACGUAGAGUAUGUAGAUAUUCUGAUGAUUAUUGUUUAAACUGACAUCCAUUAGUUUGUGGUUACAGUAUAUCAGGAUUUUGUAAUAAUCUGACUCAAGCUUCUGCUUGAAAAAUUGAAUCCGUCCAUUGGAGCCUUCCAUUUUGUACGUUGAAGAAACAUUUACAUGUAUAUAAUAAAUAUUAUUAGAGUAUUUUGUAGUAUAUAAUAAAUAUUUUAGAGUA